GAGGUAGAUGAGCUCAGAAGAAAUAUAGUAAAAAAAAUUGGUAAAAAUGGGGAGUUCAGAAGGAGAAUCUAUAGAAUCAAUGGAGUCAAUAGAAGGGCUUGCAAAGGGAAGAGAAAAGAGAAUAACGGCGGGGAACCGUCUUCAAGCGCUUCUUGAUGAAGAAUUUGUAGCGGAAUCUAUAUUUGAUGUUACGGAUGAACAGGAUGAUGAUUUUGAAGGGGAAAAAAAUCAAUUGCAGGAUAUUGAGAUAUCAGAAUCGGAUGAAGAGGAGUCUAAUGAUAGUUCAGAUGGGGGAGAAGAUAGGGAAAUUGAAAGAAUGGAAAAAAAGACCAAGAAAAGAAAGCCGCCAGAAGCGUUUUUUAAGAGAAGAAUAGAACCUAAGAGGGUUAAGAAGAGUGAGGAAGUAAAAAAAUCCGAGAAAAAAGGGAUUAGUGUAGUACAUCCGGAGUCUAUUCGUCAUAGUUUACGUGCUCAUGCAAUUGAGAACAAAAAUAUGAUUGAUCAUAGGUUAAAAGAGUCUAGUAAAAGAAGGUUUAAACAGAAUUCCUAUGGAAAAAUGAAGGAAAAACAGAUGACACAAGAGGAACGUAUUGCAGAAGCCAAAAUUACAGAGGAAAAGAACAAGGAAUUGCUUCAGAAGUUGAUUAAGGUUGAAGAGGAAAGAAAAAGGAAUGCUAGAAGUUUGUUAAAAACGAAUAAACCACUAACAAGUCCAUUUAUUCGGUUUUUAUCAAAAAGUAUUGAACAAUGCAUGGAUGAGAAGGUAUUUUCUAAGGAAGAAGAAGUAAAUCAAGGCAAGUAUAUUUGUACAAAUGAAGAAAAUACAGAAAAAACCAUUGAAAAUGAUAAUGAUUCAAAUAAUCAAUUAUUAGAUCUAUCAAAAGAUAAUUCAAAGAUUUUAGAGGGAAAUAUGACAAAAAACAAUAAAGAAAUCAUUAGUAAUGAAGAUAUAAUUAAAGAUUCUAUAUCUUUACAGGAAAAUAAUGAGAAUUCAAUUUCUAUUCAUACUAAUGACAAACCAUCUAAAAAAAUAUACAAUAAAAUGGCAACAAUUCCAACUAAAAACUCUCAGAAACAUAUAUCACGCAAUUAUAUUAUAUUAGAAGGCUUUUCUGAGCCUUUUGAUUUAAAUAAACAAAAAAAUAUUCUAUUUUCACAUACAGAACCAUGUAUUCAACCAAAAAAAAAUUUUUGUUUAAUUACAGGAAGAAUUGCAAAAUAUAAAGAUCCAUUUUCAGGAUUAUAUUAUAGUGAUCUUUCAACAUAUCAAACAAUUUAUCGAAUUCUUCGAGGAGAAAUACCAUGGAGUCGUAUAGUAGGAACAUUUGUUUCUACAUUAAAACCAGCUAAUGGGGUACCAAAUAAUUUUCAAUAUUAAAAAGUUUUUAUUAAAAUAAGGUUUUUAUUAAAGUUUCUAUUAAAA